GAAAGCGGCGGUUAAAGACGGGGAAGAGAGGGAAACAGAAAGAGUCCACUCCGAAGACAAAAGAGAGCGAAACGUGAUAGACUUGAGAGGGAAAGAGCGCUGGCGACAUACAGGAGAGAUCGGAGAACACAAAGAAAACUGACUGGAAGACGCCGGAGAGAUUAAAUUAGAAAAAAAAAAAAAACGUAGAGAGACUAUUUUCCUUUUCCAGUUUCUUCGCUUCAUCUCUGACCUAGUUAAGAAUGAUCCUUCAUGGAUAGUAUACCAGUGUCUAAUUAGUCAGAUUUAGACUCUUUACCUCUUUCGAUUAAUCUAUUUUAUCGUUUUCUGGAGAUGGAUUCUUCUUGCCCAUGAAUGUCCAUUGCUGGUGGAAUAAUGGGGGCGUAUUUUUUUUCUUUUUUUAUCUUUUCUUAUCUUGUUUGAUUUAUUUCACUUUGCAUGCGAACUUUUAAUCCUUUCUUUCUUCUUCUUCUUCAUCAUCAUCAUCUUUUUUGGUCCAAGAGAUUUUUAAUCCUUUCACAUUAUAUGUUAUCCUUAGGUUUUUAGACAAAGUCAAAGUCACCCACUCCUUAUAAAUGAAUUAAUUAAUAAUUGUUAUAUCUUAUUUUAUUUUCUUGAUUUCUUCUUUUAUUUUUAUUUUUGCAUGUGAUUGGUCAGGUUGAUCAAAAUGUGUUCAUGUUGUUUCAUCACAGUCAUUAAUUUGUUAUUUGAAUGCCAAUGUGUCUUUUUUGUUUCGUUGCUGAUUCUUGAAGAUAUUUAUUUGAACCUUCAUACGUGUGUGUGUGUGUGUGUGUGUGUUUGUUAUGUGAAAUGUGAUUUUUGCGUCUUGUGAGCACAUUGUGUGAUGACAAUGAUUUCGCGAUGACAGAGAAACGAGAGAAUCCCAGACUUAGAGAAAGGCAAGGUAAUCAAAGACUGGACAAAAAGAAGAAGCAAAAAAUGGAAUCUAUGGAUCGUAUUUCACAAUUGCCUGAUCAUGUGGUACAUUACAUUUUGUCUUUCAUUCGAUGUCCAAGGGAAGUGGCUCGCACCUCCAUUUUAUCAAAGAGAUGGAGAGAACUAUGGUUAUGUGGGUGCGAGCUGACUAGAUUUGACAACAUAAUGCUUCCUCAUCUACAAAAGCUUUGUCUGCGGAAAGUGAUGUUAAAUGAGCAGAUAAUUCAGAAUCUGAUCUCAAAAUGCAAGUUUAUUUAUGAUUUAAGACUCAUACAUUGCUCAGGUUUGAAGGAAUUGUGGAUCUGCGAUCGUAUUAGGCUGAAUAGAGUUGAAAUACACCAGUGCAUUCAACUAAGAAAGGUGGAGCUUGAUUGUCUUAAUCUUCACACAUUUUGGUUUCAUUGUGAGAAAUCAACUCCCUGCAAAGUUAGUUUAGCUAGCUGUAAAUCUCUGAAAAAGUUGACAUUAGGGUAUCAUCAAGUGAAAGAUGACUUUUGUGAAAAGAGCAAGUUCUAUGAUUUUCCCCUUCUUGAAGCGUUGGAUCUAAGCACAUUGGAUAGCUUGAAGUGCAUUAACAUUUCAAACCCGCAGCUUCAGAAGCUUGCCUUGAAAGGAUGCAAGAAAAUGAAAUUUGUUUCUAUAAAUGCUCCAAAUCUUCGGUCAUUUGAGUUUCAGGGUAAGAAGAUGCCCCGCAUUGAAAUGCAUCCUUGUUCCCUUAGGGAUGCCAAGCUUUCUUUCGAACCUAUCGAUAAGUCUAGACCUAUAAUGUUUGAAAAGCAGGGCUACUUUCCCAAGUUGAUGGAUUUUAUCAGAAAAUUUGACCAUGAAGGCAGCUACAAAUUGGUUAUCCGAUCCAAGAAGAAUAUUGUCAUUUAUGAAAAUUUGGAUAGAGUGUUGCUUCCCGAGCUCCCCAACCUCAGCAUUGACAUUCUCUCUCCAUUGGUAUUUAUAGAUCGGUUCUAUAGUUUGCUGGGUACAUGUCACCCUGAGACUCUCUGCAUGAUUUUUCCUUCAAAUAGAAAGUUCCCAAGGUUAGUACAUGAAAAGAUGAAGAAUAGAGAAGGAAAUUCAAGCUGUUGCAAUUAUUUCACUUCAUCUAAUAAAUGUUGGCGGCACUUCUUGAAGGACAUCAAGAUUGAGGAUUUUGGAGAUGCUAACAACAAAUGGACAUCUGCCUGGCUCAAUCGGUUAGCGUGUACGCAAACGGCAUUGCCACUUCGUUUGACUACCCUUAGAUUAUAUUGGAACGGUUUCAGACAUGGGGAGAGACCUGAGAAGACAUAAAAUACAUGUCUAGAAGUGUUUGGUUGGCAAAGACAUGGUUUUAAGGAUGUCAAUUUAUGGCAUAUUACAUUGCGGUUUCAUGGGAGGAUUAUUAUCUCCAUUGAGCUUGAUAUCUGAAUUUCAUCUGCCUCAGUUUCUAUAAAAGAAAAAGAUUCUCAAAUGUGAAAGCUGGCAUUUUUCUCAGUGUCCAUAGCAGUUCUCAUCCACCUGAAUGCUUGCCUUUCUUUUUCUAACAUUAUUUUUGAGUAUAUCCUUUUAAAAGGACAAAAUGAAAUUCCAGCUUAUGUGUCUUACUUUAGAUUGAAUCAGAUACUACGCCAAGUCCUUCUAGGCUUUCGUUAUUGUAAACGAAUCUGAAUCGUUGCAUAUUCCAA